AUGGCUAUGCAAUCAAUGAUGGUGUAUGGGGUUGACGUAUUCCCUGGGCAGCAGCAGCAGAUCAUUAUUCUCAGGGACAGCAAAAUGGCCACCAGCCAAGUCGAUCAGAACGCCCCUGUCCCCAUGGAGACAUCCCCUCCCGUCCCGUCAGGCGAACAUGACCAGGGCGACAAGGAACCCAUCUACGGUGGCUUCACCCGCUUCGAGCUUGAACUUGAGUUUGUUCAGUCGCUCGCGAACCCAUACUACCUGAACCACCUCGCCGCCCAGAAAUUCCUCAACAAACCCGAGUUCGUCGCCUACCUCGCCUACCUCCAAUACUGGUCCCGGCCGCCCUACCUCAAGUAUCUCAUGUACCCCGGUCCGACGCUCCGCCACCUGGAACUUUUGCGGCAAGAACAAUUCCGACAGGACAUCAUCAGCCCCGACCUGGUGCAGAGGCUGGUGGACGACAACAUGCGCGCCGCCAUUGAAUGGCACAGGGGAGAGGCAUGA